AGAUGACUCUUCAGGUAGAUUUCCAGUGUCCACAGAGAUUGAAGGUGUGGAGGAAACGCUUUUCCGGUUCAGAACAUAAUCCAGAGGAACUUCCUGUUGUCAUCAUGACGUCUUUAUGGGAUGACUUGGACAGUCUUGUGAAUACCCCUUCCUCUUUCUCAGCAAAAACUGGAGAGAGAGGAACCAUCAAGCCUAAAGCUGACUUUGAUGCAGGAGACGAUGCUGAGGCUCUGAGGAAGGCCAUUGAAGGACUUGGCACCAAAGAGAAGGUUCUGAUUGACAUUCUGACUCAUAGAAGUAGCGCUCAGAGGCAGCUCAUCUGUGAAGCUUAUCAGGAAGCCACUGGCAGAACAUUACUGGAGGACUUGGAAGGGGACACCAAUGGUGACUUUGAGGAAGUGCUGGUGGCGCUCGUCACCCCUCCUGCAGUGUACGACUGCCAUGAAGUGAUGCGGGCAAUGAAAGGAGCUGGGACAGAAGACAGCGUCCUGAUUGAAAUCUUUGCCUCCAGAUCCAAUGAACAAAUCGCAGCUCUCUGUGAUGUCUAUUUACAAGAAACGGAGAAAAAGUUGACCCUUGACCUGAAGGAUGAAGUUUCCGGAGACUUUUCCACAGCGCUGCUCCUCCUGGCUGAAGGCAAGAGGGACGACGGCACCACAGUAGAUACUGAGCAGGCAAAAGAAGACGCCAAGACUCUUUAUGAUGCUGGGGAGAAGAAGUGGGGCACGGAUGAAUCUAAAUUUGUUGACAUCCUCUGCCAAAGAAGUAUACCUCAGCUGAGACAAACUCUUGUUGAAUACAAAAACAUCAGUGGAAAGACUCUACAGCAAAGCAUUGAAGGAGAGAUGUCAGGGGAGCUGGAGGAACUACUGGUGGCUAUCGUGAAAUGUGUGAAGAGCGUGCCGGCCUACUUUGCAGAGCGCCUGUAUGAGAGCAUGAAGGGUGGUGGAACAGAUGAGUCAACUCUGAACCGGAUCAUGGUGAGUCGGUCUGAGAUUGACCUGCUGGACAUCCGAGCCGAGUUCAAGAAACUGUACGAGUACUCACUGCACUCUGCAAUCGAGUCAGAUCUGGGGGGCGACCACGGGGACUGUGUGAAGGCCAUCUGUGGAGGAGAAGACUAACACCUGAGGUCUACCUGAGGCCAAGAAGAAAUCUGCUUCCUCUUGAAGUCACACUGUAGGCCCGCUGUCGUUCUCUCACACUUCUACUUUACUUUCAUCUUCAAACUACCAACUACUCACUGGUUUACAGUCUUGUAGCAACAGGCAGCUUUGAAAGAAAGACGUCAUAUAUAAAAUCAUAAAAGCACAGCGAGAAGUCUGGAGACAUGAAAACGUCAACUGAAGUUUUGAUAUAAAAUUCUGUUUUGUUUCAGUCGGAUUGCAAUGGGAAUUAUGAAAAGACUCUGCGGAGGAGAUGAGUCCUAACAUCGACAUGUUCUCAUCUCACCAUGUCUCAAUUUCCAUUUCUGUCAUCUUAUGCACUAUCCUCUCAGCAGUGGUGGAAGGUACUAUUUUGAGGCACUUGUGCUUUGCACUACAAUUCUCAAAAAAAUAUUCUUUUCACUUUACUACAUUUAUUUAAGAUCUAUAGUUACUUUUCAAAUGAAGAUUUUACAAGCAAAACACAUUAUUAGUUUAUUAGAAAUAUGAUCCACUGUUACGUAAUGGAUUUGAGUUCUUUGAGUACUACUUCCUGAACUUGCACGUGGAAAAUCUCCUAUGAAAAAACGUUGUAUGUGCAUUUGUUGCGUCAUUCAUGCUUUAUUGGUGCUAUUUUUCUUCUGCCUGUUGGUAACUCAAAUGUAGAAGAGUCUUGGAAAUCAUUGUUACUGUUUUAUAUUAUAUAUCAGGAGGCUAAAAAUUCACCAAUGGAUUAAAAAUAAUUGAUAGAUAUUUUGACAGUGAGUUUGAGGUUUUGAUAACUUUGUGUUUGGUAUUUACCAUCUGUUAAGUGAAUGACAAAAUCCAACUAAUUAAUAAAUAUGUCAAUAAAAACUCAUCAAAAUUCAAUAAUUAAAUGAUGGCAUCAACUGUUUAUUGGGGUGAUUAAGAUUACGUCCUUGAACAACAACAACAACAAUGAUUCCAAUUAUUUGAUAGCAUAAGCUCUGCUCUUUUAUCUCCCUCUUGUGUCUCUGUAACUUCAAGAAAUAAUAAAAUUCUCCUGAAUUAUUUACA